UUCAAUUUGUAACGGCAAAAGUGAUGGCGGUGGAUUUUAAAACAAUUUUGACUCUCAAAUAAAAGUUAAAUUAACUAAAAUGGAUGAAGAUAAGAUGAAAGUUAAGUCUAUAAAAGGUAAAAUACUGAAUGGCUGGGAACGAGCAGAAGCAAGUUCAGGAAUUUCUUAUUACCUAAAUCAUGCAACAGAAACAACUCACUGGGAUCAUCCUGAGAUGAUGCCUAUUUUGGAGAAACUGGAAUCUUUCAAUGACAUCAAAUAUGUGGCAUACCGAACUGCAUCAAAGCUGAGAAUGCUACAGAAAGAACUAGAGUUAUCAAUGUUGAGACUGGGAAAGAUCCACGGUAUUUUUGAAGAUCACGGGCUUAAGGGUUCACCCAAUACAACUAUUCUUAGAAGUUGCCAGCUGGAAAGUUUCCUGUAUGAUUUGUGCUUCUCUCUACAGAAAGAAUCAUCAGAUAGGAUUGACCCAGCUGUUCAAGCAGAACUCUUAGUGAACCUUCUGUUAAACAUUUACAACUUAAAAAGAACCGAGGGAGUGGCAUUGGGAUCAGUGAAAGUGGGAAUUUGCGUUUUGUGUGCUGGACGUUUGCAGGACAAACAUAAAUAUUUUUUUCAACAGUUCCAAGAAAAUGGAUAUCUUAGCAGAAGAAAUUUAUUUUUCUUACUACAGAACUUAGCAAAGAUUACAGAAUUUCUUGGAGAAAAUCUUUCGUUUGGAAGUCAACUUGUUCCAGCAGCAGUUGAAAGCUGUUUUCAAAAGGGAUUUGGGAACCAGGGAGUUCCUGAAGAAGCCUUUGUAGACUGGAUGUUUCAGGAACCUCAAACAUUAGUAUGGAUGUCAACACUCUAUCGAAUGACUGCAGCUGAAACUGUUGAACACGAAGCAAAGUGCAGCGUAUGUAAAAUGUGCCCAAUUGUAGGAUUGAGGUACCGGUGCCUUCAGUGCCUUGGUUAUGACUUGUGUCAGCGGUGUUUCUUUCAUGGCCAAGCUAGUAAAGGUCAUAAGUUGAAGCAUUCCAUGCAGGAGUACUGUCAGCCUACGAGUUCUUGGGAGGAAACAAAGUCAUUGUUGAAAACUCUUGGAAACAAGAUCUAUAAGUGGCAGGCCCACCAUACAAAACACAGUUAUCUACCUAUUGAUUCAGCUCCUUGUCCAUCAGAUGAAAGAGUGAAUGAUAAAGAUGUUGAUGAAGACCUAAGUCAGGAACUAGCUGCAGGGGGUGCUAAAGUUUCAAAAAUGCUUCAGACAGAAGAUGCUGAGAAAACACUUACUCCUUUGAGACAGCCACCUGGAAGGAGGGGUUUGCUCGAUCCAGAACACCAGCGAGAGUUGGAAAGUAUAAUUGUUAGACUAGAGGAUGAAAAUAGACAACUGUCACAGGAGAUUGAAAGACUUCACAUUGCUUCAGAGAAUUGUAGUUCUGAAGGUAGCCGUUCUUCUCAAGGAAGUUGUGAUAAUCAAAACCAAAAAAGCCUACUUCUGGCUCGGCAAGAAGUUUUAGAGGAUCAUAACCACCAGCUGGAGCUUCAAGUGCAAAGACUGAAAGAACUUCUGAAGAGAAACUAUGUGACACCAAAGAAAACUAAAGAUCUGCCAAGGACUGAUCAAGCAUCUAAUAAUGGAAUAUACUUGCUUCAGAGUAAUAAAGGUGGUGAGAUGGCUGCUGGAGGGGAAGAUAAACAAGGGCUCCCACGAAAACAAGGCCAGCUGAGGUUUUUAGAAAGUACCCCUGCUGCUGGUCAGGCUCACACUCAACCAACCUAUUUCAAUUCUUUCAUGCAGCUACAGUCUGAACUAGAUGCUUUAGAAAACUUGAGUAAAGGACUUAGUAUCAAGACUUUGAGUGAACACGGUCAUGCCAAACAUGGAGAAAAGUGGCACACUAUGUCCACUCCUGUGUCAUCUCAUCAGACAGCUACAACAAACAGACCCCUAUUUCCUGAUGAUAAAGCUGUGUCGAUUCAAGGAGAAGGAACUGAACAAAGUAUAGGAGAAGUUUCUGUAGAAAGCAAGUCCAGUGUUGCUUGCACAAGUCUCUCACACUUUGUUCUGCCCAAAGGUGAUAGGUUCAAUGUUCUAACUCAAGUGGAUGCUGAGCUUCAAGCAAUUAUUGACCAGCUAGAAAAGCUGCUACCUCAUAACCUGUCUGAAGUAUCAAACAUUUCUGCAGAUGAAAAGGAAAGAGCAUUAAGAGCAGCACAGAAUGUGGAAGAAGCCAUCGGCCACAUCAUUAGCUCCCAUCGACCGUAAUGCGACUGCAGUAUUUUAGCUCGUUUCUAAUAAACAAAAACUGCCACAGCCAAAGAACCCUGAUGGUGAAAAUAUUGUAUACAAAACUAUUUGUGAGAAACCACAAACAGUGAGCUAGCUGUUCAAGAUAAUGCAUGUUGAGUUUUUCAUAUUAGUUCAUGUUACAGUAGAUAUUUGUUUAGUUCCCCCUCCCCCUCUAUUUGUAUAUAGGAAAAUGAAUGUAGGACUUACUGACUAGAUCAUCAAAGGUUUUUGUUAGGUUUUUCAGUGAUCAACAUGUUUGUGGUUUAUCUCCACAAGGUAAGUAAUUUUCAUAGAUUAUGAAGAUUUAAGUAAUCCAAAAUCAUUGUAUAGAUGUAUAUUUUUACACUGAAAAUCUCAUAAUGGUGGUCUUUUUACCAAAUUAUGGGCUUGGUUGUCCUAGAGUAAAAUUUCCAUUCUAUCAUCGUACAUGACCCAUAUCUUCUAUACAUUGCAUACUUAAUAAACUCUUCAAAAGUAUUAGAUGAGCUGUGAUUAUUUGUGAAAAACAUAUCACAUACUCAUUGUAAAUGAUCAGGUUUUUUCUCUCAAGGUUUUAAAAGUUGGAUUUUGUAUGCCUUUAUACAUGUUUUAGCUAUGGAUUCCUGGGGAAGAGAUUUGAAGAUUUAUUAACUGAGAAUACUGUAGAGCUACAAGUUUAGUGAUUUCUCUUCAGUACCUGGUUGUGGUUUGGAAGAUUUUGUGUAAUGUUUAAUAUUUGUGACUUAAAAAAUAUAGGUAAAAUGUUUGAUGGGUUUAUUGAUUGUGUUUCAAAGGUGAAAUAAAAGAUACUGUGAGUAUAGUGUUUGUGAUGGAUUUUUUGACUCGGUAAUUUAAAGUUUUUCUUUUGUUUUUGUUCACAACAUUGCACCUUAAUAAUAUUGUAAGGACCAAUUUUUCUAUAUUAGCUAAAGACUGUGAACUUUUUGUGCUGUGUACAAAUCACUUCAAUUUAAUUUACUUUUUAUGAACCGGUAAAAUGUGCUUUUCAGAAAAUCUUUGUCGUGUUACACUCAAAAUGUUUGUUUCCUCUACUCUAGACUUGUUUUCUUACUAGCUUAUGUUAGAAUUUUUUUUAAACCAUGCAAAAUCUUGUUUAUUUUAAUUUGUUUUUAUAAAACAUUUUUUUAAUUUGAAAUGCUUGUGAAACAAGACAGGAUUACUUAAGUAAGUAUGAAGUGUAGAAUUUAUAUAGUUUCUUCCACUAAUUAGAUAUUAUUCUGGUAUGUAAGGACAAAAAAUACAAGUUUUUUUUGUCAGUCCUCUGUAAUUUGUGUGAUUUUUCUAAAUUCUACAGUAACUGCUUUUUUAACAGAUUCAUAAAUAUAAUAUAACUGAUGUUUUAGGGAAAAGUUUCCUGUACAAUUGGAACCAGUUUGACUUACUAAUAUUUAUAACUAAAUGUCUAGAAAGUUCUCAACAGUUUUUGUGUGCUGUUUAUUAUUAUUAUUCAUCAUGUCAUGGACAUUAGUAAAAAAGUUAAUGAUAUAGUAGUAUUAUUAUAUGUAUAUAUAUUGUCUGCAGUGAUGUGUUGAGUUUUGAUGGUUUGUAUUGCAAGAAAGUGUUGCUGGUUGUGAAGCAAGGUUUUUGAUAUGAAAAGGUUCUUAAAUGCAUUAAAUGUAGUUUUUGAUAUUUUUAUAUUUCUGAUUUCACAUGCAGAUUUUUUCUUAAUGUUAGAGUACUAAAUGUUUUUAUCUUCCCAGCUUUUAAAGUGACGUUUGUCUUUUAGUCUUGUUUAGACUACAUUUCAGUUUAAACUUAAAAAACUUGACAAAAAUUCUUGUACAACAUCUAACUGGGCAUUUAAAACAAACAGUUUUUAUUGCAUAAAAGGUUUUUUUUUGCUCU